AAGAAUUCGAGGCGUGAAUUGCAGUGAUUGGUACCAACCCACAGUUGCCAUCACGACGCCCAGAUUUGAAUUCUGCAAAAAAGAUCCUGGACGGAGGAAAUCAAGCUCCUCAAUCAGAAGAAUCGCUAUUCCCCAGUUCAGAGCCGCCGCGGCAGAUAACCCAGCGACCACACUCCACCGCCGCCGCAGGCCCGCAGCUCCAGCGGCGAUGGCCACCCCCUCGUACCGGCUCGCCGCGGCGGUCACGGCCCCCUCCACGGGCGAGUUCCUCGUCGUCCGGCAGCAGCCCCCGCCGUCCCCGCCAUCCACCGCGCCGGGGGAGGAGGAGUACCGGCGCUACGUCGACAGCGAGCUCUACGACCUCCCGUCCGCACCCCUGCGGCGCCUCACGGCGGAGGAGGAGCCGGCCCGGCCGGGCGUGGCCGUCGGCGGCGUGGAGGACUGCCGCCUCGACCUGUCGCGCUUCGACGUCCCCGCCGCUCUCGAUCAGAUUCUGAACCAAUUGGGCUUGACGAGUGCAAUGUGUGUGGAGUGGAGGCUCCUGAAGCACGUCGAGGAACCGGAAUUCGGCCCGGACGCGGGCGUCAACACGGUGCUCAUCGCUGGGUCUCUGGAGUCGAAACCGGAGGUGUUGCAAGAUUCCUGUAAGUGGAUGUCCAAGGAGGGAGCCUGGGAACUGCUGUCUGGAGUGAAGUCUGGCGGUACUCGAAUCGGGCCAUAUGUGUACAUUGGGUUUCCAAAGUCAGAGCUGUCCUCAAAUUGCAUCGCUGCCUCUGCAUUGGCCUCCCAGGAAUACCCUCCUGGAUUGAUGCUUGUACCGAUGAAGAGUAGGACCUUAUCGCCUUUCCGUACGACUAAUCUCGUGGUAGUACAAGCAAACGGUGGUGCAUGUGGAUCGAAGCGUUCUGAUUUUUUUGCUUGUGGUGAUGCUCUACUGAUAGAUCCUGGAUGUUGCUCUCAGGUUCAUACAGAGCUUGCAGAUCUUGUCAAUUCCCUUCCAAAGAAGUUAGUGGUGCUUGUUACACACCAUCAUAACGAUCAUAUCGAUGGUCUUUCGGUUGUUCAGAGAUGCAAUCCUGAUGCUGUUCUUUUGACACACCAAAACACUAUGAAGCGAAUAGGGAAAGGGAAUUGGUCAAGUGGCUAUACUGCAGUGACUGGAGGUGAAAACAUAUGUAUAGGUGACCAAGAACUACAUGUUGUUUUUGCUCCUGGUCAUACAGAUGGUCAUAUGGGUGUUCUCCAUGUCAAUACUAAUGCACUAAUUGUUGGAGAUCAUUGUGUAGGGCAUGGAAGUGCAACAUUGGACAGUAGAGCUGGUGGCAACAUGAAGGACUAUUUCCAAACCACAUACAAAUUCUUGGAUAUGUCCCCACACGUGUUAGUUCCAAUGCAUGGAAGAGUCAACCUAUGGCCUAAGCAUAUGCUUUGUGGAUACCUCAGGAAUCGAAGGGCUAGAGAAGCCUCUAUGCUGCAAUCCAUAGAGAAUGGGGCUCAAACUCUGUUUGACAUAGUUUCAAGGACUUAUUGUGAUGUAGACAGGACAUUAUGGAUUCCUGCUUCCUUUAAUGUCCGCCUUCAUGUUGAACAUUUGAACUCUCAACAUAAACUUCCUAAGGAUUUCUCCUUAGAGAAGUUCAAUGAAAGUUGCGGUGAAUUUGUGUCUAGCCUGCUUUGACCGCGAGUGUGAGAAGAAGAAAAUCAAUGCUCCCGAGUUUGUAUUCCAAUCUAGACUGCUUUAUUGAAUUCUUUAACAUAUUUUGUAAGAAAAUAAAUAUGGUGACAAUGGAGGUUAUGCUAUAAUUCAACAAACCAAGCCGUGUCAACCAUUGAAAGUGUAACAUACCGAAAAGCCCUAUUAGUUAAUAUAUGCCGUACUGGGUAGAUUUAUGAUGAAUGCUAAAAACUGAUGUAUGGUCACAUUUAUAUAUGUGGCUUGUGUAUUUGUACAAGGUAACACCACCUUGUUCUACUACUAAUUUCAGCAACGGAAGAUUAAAACAUGAUUCAA